AAUAUCCACCUGAACCUCUCCCAGCUGUACGGCAGUGGUACCGCUGUCAAUGUGGUUUGCUGGGGGGUGUGUAAGAUUGCCACGAUCCGUUUCCUGAUCUGUCGGGACCUGUUGAUCCUCCAGCAGCUGUUGCUGCGGCUCCGAGAUCCUAUGGUUUUGGGAGGGGGACAGCUGUUCCAGUCCCAGCAGGACCUGCUGCACCGCACCUCUCCCCUGCUGCUCUCCUACUACCUGAUCCGGUGGGCAAGCCAGUGCCUGGCCUCGGACGUCCCUGUCGACACACUGGAAUCUAAUCUGCAGCAUCUCUCUGUGCUGGAGUUAGCAGACACCACUGCUUUAACACCCCACAAACUAGUAGCUGGCCCUCAAACAAUUGUGGAGCUGUUCUUUCAAGACGUGGCCAGAAGGCACAUCAUAUCUCGACUCUUCUCGCAGUCAAACACCUCUUUGGCUGAAACGAGUUUGAACUGGCCCCAUCUCAUCACUGCCAUAGUGACGGACUUUCUGCCCCUCCUCUGGCCGAGCAAUCCUGGCUUCCUCUUCCCCGAGUGCCUGAUGGGCAGCUGCCAGUACACCCAGCUGCAGGAAUACAUCCGCCUGCUGCAGCCCUGGUGCCACGUGAACAUGGGCUCCUGCUGCUUCAUGAUGGGCCGGUGCUACCUUGUCAUGGGCGAGGGGCACAAGGCUCUGGACUGUUUCUGCCAAGCUGCGUCAGAGGUGGGGAAGGAAGAGUUCCUGGACAGGCUGAUCCAGCCCGAGGAGGGUGAGGUGGUCUCCACCCCGCGCCUGCAGUACUACAACAAGGUUCUGCGCUUGCUGGACAUGGUGGGGUUACCGGAGCUGGUCAUCCAGCUGGCCACCCUGGCUAUCAUGGAGUCGGCGGAUGACUGGAGAAGCCAGGCUACUUUGAGGACUUGCGUCUUCAAACAUCACUUGGAUUUGGGACACAACAGCGAAGCAUAUGUGGCCCUAACGCAAAACCCAGAUCCAAGCAGGCAGCUGGACUGUCUACGCCAGCUAGUGGUGGUUCUCUGCGAGCGCUCCCAGCUCCAGGACCUGGUGGAAUUCCCCUACGUGAACCUCCAUAACGAGGUCGUGGGGAUCAUCGAAUCGCACGCUCGAGCCGUGGACCUGAUGACCCACAAUUACUACGAGCUGCUCUAUGCCUUCCACAUUUACCGCCACAACUACCGCAAGGCUGGAACGGUGAUGUUUGAGUAUGGCAUGCGCCUGGGCAGGGAGGUGCGGACGCUCCGAGGGCUCCAGAAACAGGGAAAUUGUUUUCUCGCCGCUAUUAACUGCUUACGGUUGAUCCGCCCGGAGUACGCCUGGAUAGUGCAGCCGGCUUCUGGAGCUGUGUACGAACGCCCCGGAGCAUCGCCGAAGAGAAGCCACGAUGGGGAGUGCACGGCUGUCCCGGCCACUCGCCAAAUCGAGAUCCUGGAGCUGGAGGAUUUGGAGAGGGAGUGUGUGCUGGCCCAGAUCCGGCUGACGCUGGUGCAGCAUGACCUGCCGGCAGCGGCUGUGGCAGGGAACUCUACACCCGAGGAAACGGUUGCUCUCCUGGUGCGGGCCGGCCUCUUCGACACUGCCAUCACUCUGUGCCAAACCUUCAAGCUGCCCUUGACGCCCGUGUUUGAGGGACUCACUUUCAAGUGCAUCAAGCUGCAGCUGGGCGGGGAGGUGGCGCAGGCAGAGGCCUGGGACUGGCUGGCAGCAAACCAGCUCUCCGCACUGGUCACCACCAAAGAGUCCAGCUCCACGGAUGAAGCCUGGCGGCUGCUGUCGUCCUAUUUGGAGCGUUACCCAUCCCAGAACAGCCUGUACCAUCGCUGCGUCAUCAACAAGCUCUUGGCGCACGGGAUCCCUCUGCCCAACUGGCUCAUUAACAGCUACAAGAAGGUGGACGCUGCCGAGCUGCUGCGUCUCUAUCUGAACUACGAUCUACUGGAGGAGGCUGUGGAGCUGGUCCUGGAGUAUGUAGACGCCGUGCUGGGCAAAGGGCACCAGUAUUUCGGGAUUGAG